AUGAAGCAAAAGUAUCAAGGGAAUGCUCGAGUUAAACGUGCUCAACUUCAACGACUUCGAAGGGAGUUUGAAAUUCUAGAAAUGCAAAAUGGUGAAUGUGUGAAUGAUUACAUUUCUAGAGUCAUGAUCAUUACAAAUGACAUGAGAGGAGCAGGAGAGACCAUGGAGGAUGGACAUAUUGUUGAAAAGAUUUUGCGUACAUUAUUUGACAAAUAUAAUUACAUUGUAUGCUCAAUCGAAGAAUCCAAGGACAUCAAUGAAAUGACGAUAAAUGAGUUGCAGAGUUCAUUACUUAUACAUGAACACAAUAUAAAAAGACAGGAAAUAACUAAACAAGCAUUGAAAGUCACAGGAGACUAUUAUGCUCCACAAGUUACUGAACAUCUCAGUAAUAGAGGCAGAGGACGGGGCGGAUACAGAGGCAAAGGAAGAGGCAGAGAACACACAGAGUUGGAUGAAGGAAAGGAGAUGUUACUUAUGUCAUAUGUGGAAAUGCAAGGAGUCAAACGAGAUGAAAUGUGGUUUUUGGACUCUGGAUGUAGCAAUCACAUGAGUGGAGACAAGAAAUGGUUCAUUGAACUUGACCAAUCAUUCAGACAUAGUGUUAAACUAGGAAAUGACUUCAAAUUGAAUGUCAUGGGAAAAGGCAAUGUUCGAAUGAAAUUAGAAGGACAAAUUGUGACCUUCAUAGAGGUAUUUUACAUUCCUGAUCUUAAAACAAAUUUGCUUAGCAUUGGUCAACUUCAAGAACGAAAUUUGUCUAUACUAAUUAAGAAUGGAUGUUGUAGUAUUUAUCAUGAUACUGAAGGUCUGAUUAUACGAACUAUGAUAUCUGAAAAUCGUAUGUUUGUGCUUAUGGCAUCUAUUGCUAUUGUUGAUACUAAUAUAUCAAAGGCAGCAUGUUUAAAUGUAACCUCUGAAAAUAUUACAAGCCUGUGGCAUUAG